UGAUAUCGUAUCUUAGAGAAUUGUCAGAAGAGCGGUGAAGUAAAGAGCUGGGGAGGACAUGUUAGUCACUUCUGGGAGAAAAGAGAGAGACUGAAUGUCACUACAUGAUGGUCCAUAUUUACAUUUAACUGAUGAUGUCAGGAGUCCCAAGUGUCACUCAAUCUCUUCUCCAUUGUCAAAAUACAAUGCUGGACUCAUUUAUUAUUCAUAAAUUUUACCACUGUAAUAAGUCUAUAGCAUCUAUGAUUUUACUAUAGACUAUAAUUGCUGUCAUAGACUGCACAGAAUGUUUCUAUGUAUAAAAAUAGAUAUUAUCUAUGGCUUACAAUUUUUGUGGAAAUAUGAGCUUUUUAUAAAACAAAAUUUUGUGAACAGUUUCGAUUUCGACGAUUUGUGCUUUGUGUCAUUACUCAUUCCGGUAUUGUAUUGACCGGUAAUCCGGUUGGCUAUUGGCGCUGGCGCAGGUAGAGAUGGCUACGCUGGAAUCAGAACCUGAGAGAGCUGUCGAGGCUUUCGAGAGUGAUACCGGGAAUAUCAACUUCUCAAUGCAGCAUACAAAUGUUCUUCAAGUAUCUGAAGCUGUUAAAGAAUCUCCUGUGAUGAAACAAGAUGAUGCAGAUGUGCAUGCAAAUCGCACUUACUUUGGGAGACUGUCUGGAAAUAUAUUUUCUUCUGGCAAAAAAUUUUUUAAAUUUGUUUCAGAGGAAGCAUAUUUGAUUGGAAACCAAUUCAGUCAUGCAUUUAGUACGACUCCAGAAUUACCAUCAUCUAUUAGCACAACUCCAGAAUUCCCACAACCCAUUAGCAUCGCUACAGAACUACCACCAUCUGUCAUUGAAACUUGCCAACUUAUUUUGGAUACAAUUAAAGAACCUGAUAAUAAAUGGCUAAAAGAAACGGAGUACCUUUUGCAGAAUAAGGUCCUCACUAUUGGUGUGUUUGGACGUCACAAAGCUGGAAAGAGCUCAUUAUUGAAUGCACUUCUUUAUCAUGAAGCAUUGUCAGUAGCUGUUACAAAUGAAACAGCAUUUAUUUUAAGAAUUCGUCAUAAGCCUAUUAAGCAUCAUGAAAGCAGCUGUUUUGAAGAUGCUGAACAAUUGUUAUUAAUGAAAAAUGAAAAAAUUAAAGGGCAACGAAAUGUUCAAAACACAAUUCGCAAAAAGAACACUGAUAUCAGACACAAGACUGCUGAAAUUGCAGUUGAGGAAUUAGAAGCACAUGUGCCCUUCCUAUGUCGUUGCUCUACUGGUGAUAUCAACAUUGUGCUGUUAGAUACACCUGGUUUAUCUGAAUCUAACGAGUUAGGGAUAUCUGAAGCAUCAGAGUAUCAUUUAAUGACUUGCUCUGCAUAUGUUUAUGUAAUAUCAUCUCAACAAUUGGAGGAUUCUAUUGAUACUGACUCACUGAGAGCUAUUGUCUUGAGGGAUCCAAAUGCAUUUGAAGAAAGACGAAUCAUUAUUGCUAUAACAAGACUUGAUGAGUUUGAUAUAAAAACCUCAGGUUCAGACAGUGAAGAUCAUGAUUCAAGUUCUGGGAAUGAUGAAGAAAUCCUCAAGCGUAUUGAGAGCAUAAAGGAGGUCAUCCAGCGACAGUGCAAGUGUUUAGACGUGCUUAUCCCAGAUGAUUGCAUUAUACCUCUGUGUGCUGCUGGAGCUUUUAAGGCAAGGAAAGAGAAACUAGGAGGAAAGCCAGUAAAGAGGAGUAAAGAAAUGAGAAAGCUGAUGUUAGAGUUGGAAGUAUCUACUGCAGAAGAAAUGGAAAUAGUUAGUCAAAUACUGUCAUUGGAAGAAAAGCUUAUUGAAAUUGCUGGUAAUUCUCAUUAUCUAUGGCACUACAGUAUUGUGAGGGAUUGUACUAGAUACUGUGAUCAAGCUAUGGAAAAACUGGAUGAAAUUAAGGAAGGCUUUGUGCGACUUGAAAAUAAGUAUAAUGGUAAAGUAAAGAAAAAAGAGGAUAUCAUGAAUGAAUUUAAAAAAGUGGCAAUGGAUUUAAAAUCUAACUAUGAUAAAGGGUCCAAAUUAUGUUCAGAAUUAGAAACUGCUUAUGAUAAAGAUUUAAAGAAAAAUAAUGGUAAAAUCAAUGAGGUGUCCAAAUUACACUCAAAAACUUUUGAGAAAUUUCGAUCAGACAUUGAAAAAGAGGGAGAUAUUACCACUCAACAGUUCAACUCAAGGGCUGAACAAAUAAUUGAAAAUGAAAACGAGUCAUUGAUAAAUGAUCUAAAAGAUCUUCCGUUUAGAGAAGUGGAUGCAGCUGUUUGCAAUUCAGUGUAUCAAAUAGGUACUAUUAGACAACAAUUAGGACAUUGCCUGGCCUCAUACUGCGAUACUGCUGCUUCUACAUGUGAGGAUCCUCAUUUGCAGAAAAAUGCCAUUAUUUCUGAAUCUAUCAGUGACAGUGGAAAAGCAGUCGAUAGCCCACAUCUUAAGUUAAGUGACUUACUUGAACAAAGCAAAGUUUUUUUUGUUGCUCCAGAUGAUCCAAAUCACAACUUAUCGAAAUCAGAAAUUGAUGCUUUCCUUAAGGAAUUAGAAAAACACUUCCUCUCAGAAUGUCAUAAUUAUUUUCAAAAGAUUAAACCAAAGAUAGUAGAGGGCUAUUUAAAACAGCACAGAGAAAUUGCCGAAGAACAUAUAGCUGAAGUGGAACAACAUUAUUUUGAAAAGAAAGGAGCAAUGGAUGCUCAAGUUAAAGCAUGGAGGAGACAAGCUAGAUUUAAUAAGAAAAUGAUGAAGUCUCAUUCUGAUUUAAUUGAUAAUCUGGAGAAACAGAAGAAACAUCUUUUAUCUUUAGCUGAAAGGCACCAUGGAAUUUCUUUGUUUUCCAAACAUUUACAAGAUGAAUAGUGUGUCAAUGUUUUAGAAUAGAAUGAUCUUUUUAGUAUUAUUGUUAUAGAACAAAAAUAGUGAUAAUUAUUAAUAUACCAAAUUUUUGUGUUAAAAAUCACCUUAGCUGCUGUGAGCUCCACCUAUUGAGGAAGUGAUUCAAGUGAUGCUGUAAAAGAACACUAAAAUAAAUCUUGUGUUGUAUUACAACUUUCCUUUGCUGUGGUAAGCAAACUCUUUAGUUUAUUAACAGCCCGAGCCUUACAAGUUCCACUAAUACCUGUACCAAUGGCUGCCUGGAGUAGAUCCUGUACAAUAGCCGCGCUAACACUGCUCCUCCUUACUACACCAUGUCUAUCACAAACUGGAGUAGUAAUUCAAGUAAAGAUGGGCCCGUUCGUUUCUUGUAGCACGUGGACAAACCAGUUAAACUCAACAGUAACUAAUUUCAUGUUAACUUUCGUCUUGUCUGAAAUAAACACUCACUGUUCCUGCAACUUUAACUCUUCUCAUCUAUCCUCCACCUACACACUUUGUAACCGUGACGACCCGAACUACCCCACCCUCAGAAUGACGAUACAUGGCCACGCCCCCUACUCCGCCCAAAGCCUCGCUGCUUUUGUAGAGAACUGGGUACUUGAUUCACCGGCAAUAUCUGACGGUUUUGGGUACUAUACAGUAGACUCUUCUUGUCCUGUAUAUCCGAGUGACGGAGCACCUGCUUGUGGUAAAGCUAGUGAUAAUAGAUAUAGUGUUGAGGUCCUUGCUGGGUCUUUGAUUGCGGAGUUUGUGGGACUCUCAAUUAUAUUCUGUUUGAUAAUGGCCGUCAUAUUGACCGUCUAUUCUAACAGGCUUAAGAGGAGAAGUCAUGAUCUCAAAGUAAGCAACAGAAAGCAGCAGAAGAGAAAAAGAUUAAAUUCCUCCGUAUCACACGAUUCAUGCCCCAGAUCUGAUAGCAGCAGAAUUGAUGUAACUAACGUCAGAAUGCAAACCUGUUCAGCCUACGCUACUUCAAUUUAACAAAAAAGAACUAGACACUCUACUUAUUAUUAUUAUAAUUAUAUUAUUUUUGCUAUUCACUUCAUUUUUAUAAUAGUAUGUUUAUUACACUUCUCUGUUCUUUUCCCCAUCAUCUUUUUCUCCCUCUAUUUCUCCAUUUCUUUGUGUACAAAACUGUUCACUG